AAUUUUUUUUGAAUAUGUUUGCAAAGAUAAUAAAGAUUCCAUUCAGUGAAGAGGUUUCAUAAAAUGUCACUUUAUAAUCAAAAAGAACUAAAAGUCAAUGUAAUAACAUUGUUUUGUAUUUGUUCUUGUUUAUGUUUUUUAACAGUUUUACUUGAUCCAUUAUCAAAAAGUCAUGAAGGUAAUACUGUAAUAUUAGUUGGUUGUGAAAGUAAUGUAAAUUUACAGCAUGUAGACCUAACUAAUUUAUAUCCAUGCACUGGUUGCGCACAAAGAAUUCGUGUUGCAGUUAAAAUUCAUGAUAAUGAAAAAAAUGGUCGUAGACGAAAAAAUAAUUUUUUCAAUUAUGUUGAAUGCCACUUACCUGAUUUUAUACCAAUUUUGCCAAAUUUUAUUAAAUCAUACUCAGCUCAUAUGCUUACUCAAGUUUCACACAAAGGUGAUAUCAACUACAUUUUUAAUGGACUGAGUGCAGUUAGAUUUCCUGUGAGGCAAUUAUCUGUUGAUUGGAAUUUAAAGUAUACAGUUUUUUCUUGGUUGUAUAUUGAGCCGUAUAAUGAUCGCCAGUAUAUAUUAUCAUGGUCUUGUGGUGAAAACUCAGCUCUAAAUAACAUGGGUUUUUAUGUAACCAGACACUUGAAUGAGAAAUACGCAGAAUUUAGUUUUUAUCAAAUCUAUCAAUCCUCUAGUGGACUUGAUUGUGUAGUGCAAAAUAAAUGGAAGUAUGAGAUAUUACAUUGGCACUACUUUUCAUUAUCAUAUGACAACUGUUCUGUUGCAUUAUCUAUUGAUGGUUAUCUUUUGAAACCAUCUAGCAAUGUUACUGACUUCCAUUUACCAAGACACCAUAUUCAACCAAAGUUUGUUGUUGGUGCUUGUUGGGUAGGCAAUGCAGAUAAGUAUAGCUACUUCUUUCAUGGUGAAAUGAGUAGUUUGGUAAUGCUAACAGGGCAAUAUGCACAUUUCCAGCAUUCCCAGUGUUUACUGCAACCUAAAGAAAGAUUUUUAUCAUCUUCUGCUUAUAAUUUAAAAACUAUUAAAGAAAAUGUUUGGUUCAUUGAGGCAAACUUGACACAGCUGGAGGCAGAAAUCCUUUUGGAAAAUAUUUCUUAUUCUAACUUAGACUAUAUUUCAAAUUUUCAGCUCAAAGAUAUUGGAACUGAGAUUCACAAUCUAGAUAAAGGAUUAGUGGUUUAUUCACAUCAGUAUAUCAAAAUUGAACGAAAAAGUUCAACACUUGAAAUUCGUGGUGAUUGUUCAUCUCAACAGCUUAUUAGUUCAAACAGUAUUAUUUUAUGUGAACAAAUCCAUAUCUUAAGCAACAGUUGCUCUCAGGGAAUUAUAGAUAGUUUAGUUAUUGUUUCUGAAAACAUUCCUCUUUUUAUUCCUACACAUAUGCUGCACAAAUAUCAUUUGUUGUUUACUCAAUAUGAUUUUGGUAUUAAGAUUGAGGGUAUUGCUCCCAUGAAGCACUACAAUACAAUUCUUUCUAUGAUUCAAGUUUUUCCUAAUGUCUCCGAAGAUAUCAGUUCCAAAAUCUCAAUUUACGUAUCAUCUAAUAAAGUGAAAUCCAACAAGUUUAAUUUAAAUAUUCUUAUUGCAAAGAAGAUGGUUGUGAUAACAAAUCAAGAUCAUAUUUCAAACGAUUGCUUUAAAGACAAAUUAACAUAUUAUACAAAUAUGUUUUUUUGUUUUUUACUUGCUUUAUUGGCAGGCGCGUUAGUUGCGACAAUUUGUAUUUUGAUUUGGAAGAAUAGAAGACAUACGGAAAAAAAUGAAUUUGAUAUAUCCAAAAGUGCAUUAAAUUCCAGCUUUUUUUAUGAAAGUGACCUCCACCUGUUUAUUAAUCCAGCAGACCGUGUUUGUAUAACAAACAAUCCUUCUGACGAUAUUUUGCGAAGACGCAACCAUUCCAAUAGUUUGUCUAGUGAUGAAUCCGACUCAAGCGGAUACUUAGAUGACAAUGAUAGUAUCAGACAAUUGGAGUGGGAGAACCUAGAAAGUUCAUUUGCAGAUAUAUUACUUGAAAAAAAAAGUAAUAAGUUGUUAAGUGACGUGGAUAAAAAGAACUUAUUAUUAGACUUUUAAUAAUUUUUUUGUUAUAAAAAUUCUUCGAAAAGAAGUCCUAAUGUUAUAUAUUAUGUACAUUUGUAUUUUAUUUAUUACCAUAG